AUGGUCAGGCUUAUUCCUGGUAGGCAAAUCUGUGACAACAUUUUGCUUGCUACUGACCUUAUUCGAGGUUAUAAUUGGGCUAAUGCUAGUCCUCGUUGUAUACUUAAAGUAGAUAUGGCGAAGGCAUAUGAUUCUGUUGAGUGGCCUUUUCUUAAGUGUGUUAUGCAGGAGAUGAGUUUUCCUUCUCAGUUUAUCAAUUGGGUAAUGAAUUGUGUUUCUACUGUUUCGUAUUCUAUUUUGACCAAUGGAUUUCUUGGUAUUCCUUUCAGAGCUCAAAAGGGGCUUUGUCAAGGGUACCCCAUGUUUCCGUUUCUUUUUACUCUCUCUAUGGAGUAUUUCAGUAGAUGUUUGAAGAGGAAGAAAGGCGACAUUAUUAAGUUCCUUCCUAAGUCUGAUCUUUCUUCUAUGCAUGCCUUGAAUCUUGUUCUAGAUGAUUUGUCUAUGGUUUCUGGUCUUUCUAUUAAUAAAGGCAAGAGUGUUCUCUAUAUUGUUGGUGUUGAUAACGCUAUGAAUUUUAAGCUUGUUCAAGCUAGUCAGGUUCUUAAGGGUGUUCGUCCUUUUAGAUAUCUUGGGGUCCCUUUAUUUGCAAAGAGGCUUGGUAUUCAGGAUUGCUUAGUGUUGGUGGAGAAAAAUACGAGUACAUUAAUCACUGGGCUGCUAGGAACCUUUCUUUGGCCGAUGGUUGAAGCUGUGUGUAACAAGUUUAUUUGGAGUGGUGGUCGAGAUUCUAAAGCUAAGCCUCAUGUAGCUUGGAGUCACGUUUUUCUGCCAAAGGCUUGUGGUGGACUUAAUUUGAGUCGGCUGAAUCUUUGGAAUAAGGCUGUCAUUUAUGUUGUUCCUAGCACAACCGCUUGGAUGCUUGCAAAAAUCUUUGAUAGUAGGCAUUUGGUAGUGAAUUUACAAGACUUGAAUGAUUGUACUCCUCAUGGUCAUUUUAGUAUGAAGAUUGCUUACAAGAAAAUAUUAGGGCAAUAUCCUAAGGUUCCUUGGAGGGCAAUUUGGUGUAAUAAUAAGGCGACUCUUAGGAGUGUGGUGUGCAUGUGGCAAGCUAUCCUUAAUAGGCUUCCUACUAUUGAUAGAUUGUGGAAAUGGGGGAUGUCUUGGGAUCCAUUGUGUAGGCUAUGUAAUGUUGCCCCUGAGACUAGAGAUCAUUUGUUUGGAGAUUGUGUGUUUAUUCGGAAGGUUAAAGCCUUCGUUUGCAGUGACUUUCAUUGGCCGACUUCCUUUUCUCAAGAUGUUCGUAUUAUGAAUCAUUUGAGUAAGAAGAAACGUAAUACCAAGACUCUUGUCAUUACUAUGUCCUGGGCAGAGAUCAUCUAUCAUGUGUGGUUCCAAAGAAAUGUCAAAAUCUUUGGGGGAAAGAGUAUGGAUGAGCAACAACUUGGGAGGAUGAUGAUCUUCAAUGUUGCAGCUCGGCUUUCUGAUAAACAGAAACAGAUUCUUCUUGUAUAA